CCAGGUGUUAUUUUCUAAAAUUGUAUACACUAUACUAAUAAGUUAUAACAUUCGUACUGCUCUACCUUAUCGCAGUAUAACUUUAAUAAAAACACAAUAUCUUUAUCGUCUUGUGAUUUUGAACAAGCUGCUAUUAAAGCGAUUCAAAAUUAUUUUCCUCAAUCUCAAAUCUACGGUUGUCUUAGACAGUAUUUCGACGAUCAUUGCCUACACGAUGUCAAACGUGAAUGUUUUGGAAGAGCUGAAAUUGGUGCUCAAACCCGACUUGCCGGAACGACGGAUGGUAUGCGCCGAAGAAACGGACACUAGCAAAGCCGACAUAAUCUUGUCGUUUUACAUGUGGUACGUGUUCAACAAGACAGACAGUCCCGUGUGCAUGGUUGGAAUUAGAGACACGUACGGUCAUUACCAGAAUGUGGGCCUUAAGUUCCAUUACAACCUACUGUUGAUGACAAACAAAAAGAGGUUCACAUUUAUCGAGUCUGUAAUGACGGUUGGUCGUUUAGUCGAAUGCGCUCAAAAUCUGUUAGAACAACACCCGGUCGGUAAUGUGUAUAUGAUUGUGGACGAUAUUAGCGCGCUGUUAUUUUUGGGUGAAAAGCUAGAAGAAAUAAUUGGUUUUCUCAUGUUUACAAAACGCCAUCAACGUUUAUACCUAGUAUUUGGGUGUUGGAAACACAAAUUUGAUGAAACGGCCAAAAGGCUAACAUCAGCAGCAUCACAUUUGGCUGAUAUAAGAGUAUCAUUAGCACCAUUAGUCACAGGAUUUUCCAAUUCGGCAACGGGCACAAUGAGGAUCACUUCAAACGAAUCAAUUUAUCAAAUAGAAGAUGUAUCUUACUUGUAUAAAUUAUUUGAUAAUGGUCUUACACUAUCAUUAAAUUCAAAAACAGUCAGAUGAC